AUGGAUUUAAAAAUAAUUAAGUUUCCGUAUUUUAAAAAAUCAUCAUUAUCAUCAUUAUCAUCUUGGUUAGGAUCUAUAGAAUUAGAUACGCAAGAAGCAAAUUAUUAUAAGCGAGAUAAUUUGACCAGUAGUAAUUCAUUAUCAUCGUCAACUAAUAGUGAUAAUAAUAAUUUAGUUGCUAGAGAAACUAGUUCUAGUUUUAUAAAUUCUGAUACAUCAUUAUUAUCGUUCACCGCCGCAGCAACAUUUUCAACGAAUUUUAAUUCAAAUAGUCAAAGAGAUUCUUUAACACUGUCGUCGUCUAAUCAACAAACUAUAGAGACAUCUACUUCGAGUACUAGUAUUAUAAAUACUAGCUCAAAUUCAAAUUCAAAUUCAAAUUUAAAUACUAGCUCAAAUUCAAAUUCAAAUACUAGCUCAAAUUCAAAUACAAAUUCAAAUUCAAAUACUAGCUCAAAUUCAAAUUCAAAUACUAGCUCAAAUUUAAAUUCAAAUACAUUCGUUUCAAAUUCAAAUUCUGAUACAACUUUAUCUAAUACACGAAUUUCAACAACUUCUGAAAAUUCAUCAUCGGAAAUGGAUAAUAACACUACUUCAUUGGUUUCACCAACUGAAACUAGUUUAAUAUCAUCUUCAGAAAUUGCAACUACUUCAUCAAUUUCGACUACCCCGUCUAAUACAAGCUCAUCAAGUUUAACUACAUCAAGUGAAAGUUCAAGCUCAGUAACAUCUGCAUCUUCAUCAUUUACUGAAACAAGCUCAAGUUCAAGUUCAAGUAAUAUACCAUCAUCAAGUUUUAUUCCGUCACCGUCAUUGUCACUGUCACCGUCACCGUCAUCUUCAACUGGAUUAUCAUCAAGCAUUACUAGCUCAUCUGCAUCUAGUCCUUCAACUUUACCAGUCACAUCACUGAGCUCGUCAUCAUUUGAAUCUUCAAGUUCAACAGAUUCAACCUUAUCUCCUUCAUCCAGCUCAGAAUUAUCUUCAAGUGCAUUCAUUCCUUCAUCAUCUACGGAAAUUAGUUCAAGCUCGGAAUCCAGCUCAUUUAUUUCUUCAUCGUCAUCAGUUGAAAGUAGCUCCUUUUCAAGCUCAUCAGAAUCAAGUUCAAUUUUCAGCUCCGCAACCAGCUCCACAACCAGCUCCUCCUCAUCAUUUUCAAGCUCAAGUUCAUCUUCAUCUUCAUCAUCUAGAGUAGUUGCAACUACUAGAUCUAGCUCAUCAAAUUCAUCAUCCAGCUCAAAAACCUCAUUAUCUUCAUCAACCACAUCAGAUGAUCCACGUUCAUCUACAACUCAACCACCAUCAUCUACUAGUUCAAAUAAAGACUCAUCAAUCACAUCAUUCACAUCAUCAUACACUUCAGUUAUAAAAAAUCCAGAUACAACAAUUACAACAGUUAUAGCAAUACCUACAUCAGCUACAAUUCAUACUGGAGAAUCAACAGCGUCGAGAAAUGGUAAAGUUAUUGGUGGUGUUGUUGGUUCAGUUGGUGGAUUAAUUGUCAUUGCUGCAUUAGUUGUAUUUUUCUUAUUUUUGAAGAAAAGAAAAAGAACAAUUACAAAUCAAUCUCCAGAUUUCAAUCAUAAUGAAGAAGAAAACGCUUCAACAAUUGAUGAUAAGAAUAAUGCCGAUAUUUAUCAUGAUAAUACUGGUCAAAAUAUGGAACAAAGUAAAUUUGGAUUUUUCAAAAACAUGUUUGGAUCAAAAUCAAAUAAUUCAAAUUCAAGAUUAUUGAAUUCUGGUGGUACUACUGCAACUUCUAUACCUCCAAGUAAUACAUUUAGAAGAUUAGAUAAUAAUAAUGAUCUUGAAAGAGGUAAUGGUUAUGGUGCAACUAAUCCAAUUGAUGAUGGAUAUGAGUAUAGAGGAGUUUCAAAUUCAAAUAAUUUAGAAUCAGUAUUUAGAAACACAAAUUCAAAUACUACAGGAACCCCAACCUAUCAAAAUUCAACAAAAGGAGCUAAAGAUUCACCUGAAAAUAGAGAUUCAACCAUCAUGUCAUCCUCUGGGUUUCAUACUCGUAUGAAUUCUUUUGGUCAUCCAUUGGCACAACCUGAUGAUUUUAAUUUUAAUGAAAAUGAUCAUAAUAAGGAGAUAAAUAAAGAUGAAUUUGUUCCUGGGUCCUCAAAUUAUGAUUCAUCUGAUUCGGCUGGAUUCCAUCCUUCUGAUUAUGAUGAUGAAUCGUUUAUUUUACCUGCUGCUCCUCCUCCGAGAUAUAAUAUAUUUAGUGAUACGAAUGGUGAUAGAUCAAAUGGUUCAUUAAGUAGAUUCCAUGAAGAUAUAGCAUAA